AACGUUAGAGGGCGGAAUCAAGGAAGACCUACAGCAGCAGCAGCAGCAGGGUCUCCUGGGAUCUUCAGUGCGUCGGUCAGACCCAGCUAACCCGACCAAACGGGCUAGCAGCGGGAGUCGCAGCAUUACAAUCUGAGCCGUCGUGGAGUUGCUUCUCGGUGCUUUCUUCAGUUGCCAAGAAACAAAGGAGCACCACCUUCAAUAACUUUGCUGUACAGCAGCCUGAUCUGAAAAGUCAACAAUGGUGAAGAUAUUUGUUGGCAAUGUAGCUUCAGCAACCACGGAAGCUGAGCUCCGUGCGUUGUUUGAGGAGCAUGGCGCAGUCUCAGACUGUGACAUCCUGAAGAACUACGGCUUUGUGCACAUGGACGAGGAGGAUGCGGCCCAGAAGGCCGUCGCCGCAUUGCACAAAUAUGUGCUCAAUGGCUCCCGCAUCACCGUGGAGUACGCCACCACCAAAGUGCGCAAUGCCACCAAGAUCUAUGUGGGCAACGUACCUGAGGGUGUCACAGCUGCCAAAAUCAAGGAGCUUUUCCAGGCAUAUGGCAAGGUGGUGGAGUGUGAUAUUGUGAAGAAUUUUGCAUUUGUGCAUAUGCAGAGGGAAAAUGAGGCCUUGGAGGCCAUCAGGGAACUAAAUCACUCUAAAGUGGAGGGUCAAAAGAUUUUUGUGUCCCUGUCUCGCAGUAACCAAGCCAAAAAUGGCCGUGGGGAGGAAUAUCUCCCACCUCCUCCCCAUCACUAUCCGCCACACCCACACCACCACCCUCACUACCUUCCCCCACGUCCUCCGCCCGGCGACUACUAUCCGCCCCGAGGUCGACUUCCACCUCCUCCUCUCCCUCCACCGCCUCCCCGCACCUACUACGAGCGUGAGGCGUACGAGAGGAGCGUUCGGCCCGACCCAUACGCCGCUGCUUCCUCGCGUUAUUAUGAGCGGGAUCCCUACGACCGACGUCUUCCGCCUCCGCAGCGACCGCUCUCUCCUCCUCUGUCCUCGCGCUACUACCGCGAGCGCAGCCCUCUGGGCAGCCGUCGCUCUCUGCUGCCUCCGCCACCGCCACCACCACCCUCUGCAGGCUACGCCCGCAACUACGCCCGCAGUGGCGCCGGCGCCGCACCUCCUCCCCCCUCCUCCGCUGCCUCAUCCUCCCAUUAUCAGCGCUAUUCCCUCAGCUCAGGCUUUGAAAAAGAUGAUUACUUGGAGGACAAGUACAGCAACGGCUUUGGCCGUGGCUACUAAAGCGUGCUUUGUCCAGAAAGUUUGCGAGUCCUUUUUGUUUUGUUUUUAUUAUAGGAGGCAAGUAAUUCAAUUGGGACAUGCAGGGAGGUAGAAAAUAUUCUAUAAAGGUUGUAGCUAAAUUUGACAAUGGGUAGAUGCUGUACUCAUUGGUUCAACUAACUUUAGAUUCAGUUCAGCUUUUUUUUUUCUCUCUUUGGAAAAAUCUUUAAAUACUGAUUUGCAUUUUUUUUUGGUAAUAGUAGUAGAUGUACACAGUAAUGAAUUUGGAAUAUUUUUUCACCCUCAAUUUCAGUCUGAAGGCUUUGUGUUUCUCAGAUCAUCUUUUAUAAAUAAGUUGUGUGUCCUGCGUGUGUUAGUUUAGAUUUCAAAGGAGUGUUAGGAUCCUUGAGGAUAAAGGAUAGAAAAACUAGUUCUUUUUUUUUGUUUGUUUUUGUUUUUUGUUAGUACUUAGAGUAUUUUUUUUUCCUUUUGAUAUUUGUCUUGAAGCAUGGUAAAUAACUUGCAUGGUAAAGAAUGGUAAGGCGCUAAUUUGAAGUCAAACAAAUCUUACCCUGGCUCCAAAGAUACACUUAAUGUUUCGUGUAGCUGCAGUCAAGUUUGAUUUUAAUUAUUUGUUUUAUUUUUUUGAAUAUUUGUUGUGCUUUGAUACUCUCAUAUGGAUGGCUUUGAUGUGGACGGUAUGGUUUGAAUGGAAUUGGUUAAAAUAUGUUGGGACCAGAGUAAGGAGGAUAAGGAAAAGGGAGGAUGUGGGUAAAUAUGCGGUAGUGGGCGGAGCUGGGCGCACACCGACCUGAUCAGCAAAUCACAUCUUAGCGGCCGGCCGACCAAUCGAGCACGACAUCCACAGGCCGCCCAACGCUUGGAAAUGACGUCAUCUCCUAGGAUAAAGCACCAUGAACUAAAGGAAACUCGGAAAACAAGUGACCAUCCGCUGACCGUCUAAAUAAGCCAAAAAAACUCAGGCUGAUUCUUAGAUUGCUACUCUGUAUUCUUAGAUAAAAACUGUGUUGUCGAUUAAUCGUUACCGCAGACUUUUUGAAAAUUGUAGCCUCUCUUGACUCAAGACAUUUUAGCAUAACCAUACAGUGGACGUGCUUGUGCUUGAAACCCCAAUAUUGUAGCCUAUCCUACUUGUACUAUUGUUUUCUCCACGUUUUUAUUGUUCAAACACAGUUCUUCUCAAUAUGUACCUCUUAAACUACGUCUCGACUGUUGAUGCGAAACGAGAUCUUGAUAAAUUGUUCCACACAAAAUCUUUAACGGUUAUUCGAACGUGACUCGAUUUCUGUGCUUGUUUUGAAUACUUCUCAAAAUAAACUUAGUUGUGUGCUAGCAGUCGUUGUCUUCAUCUGGCCGCUUAAAUAAAACAUCGACUGAUCUGA